CCCUGUUCCUCGCCGAGCCACCUUCUUUCUUUCUUUGCGGUCUCCUACGGCUUUGACCAGGACAGACAAAUGCACCAUCAUCUGAAACAGACGCCCAGCUGUAGCCUUUAAGGAACCUUGAAAGUCUUUCAGCUGUGAAAACAACACUGCCCUCUGGAGGCAAGGCGGACCUUUUCCCUGUAGUCGAAAUAGACCACCAUCUCCAGGAUCGACAGACUAUACUUGGAAACACAAAAUAGUAUAAAGGACUAAAGACCCACGUGGGACCUGAAGGAUGGCCUUUUACAUGGGUUCUGGAAGAGCAGCUUACACAGAAAGACCAGCCAACAGUUCUCCUGUAGAACACAACAGAUGGCAAAUUCCCAUUAAAUACAAUGUCUUCGAAAUUUUAAAAAGCAUAGAGGGUCAGCUGUGUGAAGUCCUCAAGGAUAAGUUUGGGUGCAUCUCUAUCCUGAGCUGUCCAACUGUAGCAGGAAACAGCGCUGCUGCUCAGCAGGUCUUCAGAAAGAGGCUGACCCCGGAAAUAGAGUUGUCUGUCUGGAAGGAUGACCUCACCAGACAUGUUGUUGAUGCUGUGGUGAAUGCAGCCAAUGAAGAACUUUUGCAUGGAGGUGGCUUGGCUGGGAGCCUGGUGAAAGCUGGUGGCCCUGAAAUCCAAGAAGAAAGCAGAAGAUUAAUUGCUAUGUAUGGGAAAAUUCCAACUGGUGAAAUAACUGUGACAAAAGCAGGGAGGCUUCCUUGCAAUUGGAUUAUCCAUGCUGUUGGGCCUCGGUGGACAGGCAGGCAGACAGAUGUUGAACUUCUGAGAAUUGCCAUUAAGAAUAUCCUAAACUAUGUCUGCAUACAAAAUACACACAUUGAGACUGUAGCAAUUCCAGCCCUGAGCUCUGGAAUUUUUCAGUUUCCUCUGGAUUUGUGCACAGACACAAUUUUAGAAACUAUCUUGCUUUAUUUCCAAAAGAAGCAGCCGACAGGUAAUUUGAAAGAGAUUCAUCUGGUGAGCAAUGAGGACCGCACUGUUGCAUCCUUUAAGUAUGCAGCAGAAAAUGUCCAGAGGAAGUUGGCUCAUCUGAGCCCCUGGGAGAAUGCAGGAACUAUCCCUUCUUCCAUUGUGAUGCUUCAAAUUGGCCAGGGCUUGACUCUCCAGAUUGUCCAAGGCUGUAUUGAACUGCAAACAACAGAUGUUAUUGUUAAUUCUGGAUACAAAUAUGACCUUAAAAGUGGACCUGUGUCACAAUCAAUUCUUAAAAAAGCAGGAUUUGAAAUGGAAAGGGAACUUGACAAGGUUAAGCUGUCUUCAGAUUGCAAGAUGGUACUGGUCACAAAAGGAUUUAAAUUGUCCUGUCAGUAUGUGUUCCAUAUGGCAUGGGAACUUGAAAAAAAACACCAGAUACUGAAAGAUGCAAUGAAGAGCUGUCUGGAAAAAUGCCUCCAACCAGAUAUACAUUCCAUUUCUUUUCCUGCCCUUGGGACAGGAAUGAUUGACAUAGAGAAGAAUACAGCAGCCAGGAUAAUGUUAGAUGAAAUUUUAGCAUUUGCCAAAAAGCACAUGAAGAAAACCCUGACUGUAAGGAUUGUGAUCUUUCCAUCGGCUGUGGAUAUAUACACAGCUUUUUGUUCUGAAAUGAUGAAGAGAUCCAUUGAGCUGAAUCUCAGCAGUAACAGUGUUGUUCCAGUCCCCCAGGGGACCGGAGGGGAGCAAAGGAGUGGACUCAAAGCUGGAUCCCCUGCCAUCAAUCUGACGGGUGUAAACGUGGCAGAGAUGUGUGAGGCCAAAGAGUGGAUUGAGAGGUUGGUGACUUCCGAGGACCGCCACGUCAUUGAGAAUAAUCAUAUUCUCUAUCUUGGGAAGAAGGAGCACGACAAGCUUUCUCAGCUCCAGACAACCUCAGGUGUCUCCAUUUCAGAGACUGUCAGUCCCCUAAAGGCCACUCUCGAGAUUAGAGGUGCCCAGGCUGACCUCAUUGAAGCAGUAAUGAAUAUUGAAUACAUGCUGUGUGAAGUUCAGGAAGAAGUGGCAAGAAAAAGGGAGAAAAGUCUUUCCGAUUUGUUAGGACAGUGGACCGAUCAGCAAGGAAAACUGGAUGACAGGGAAAAUUCUCACACAUACCUUCGUUACCCUAUUCCAUUAACUCAGGAACUUGAGGACCAGAAGAAACAGUUUGAGAAGUGUGGCUUGUGGGUUGUGAAGGUGGAGCAGAUAGACAAUAAUGCGCUCAUGGCUGCCUUCCAAGAGAAGAAGAAAAUGAUGGAAGAGAGAACGCCGAGGGCACUUGGGAGCCAAAGGUUGUUUCAGCAGGUUCCCUAUCAGUUUUGCAAUGUGGUGUGCAGAGUCGGCUUUCACAGACUGUACUCAACACCUCACGACCCAGUUUAUGGAGCCGGCAUACAUUUCACCAAGAGCCUCAAAAAACUAGCAGAGAAGGUCAAGAAGACCUCUAGCACAGAUAGACUAAUCUAUGUGUUUGAGGCAGAAGUGCUCACAGGCUCCUUCUGUCAGGGUAAUAACUUAAAUAUUUCCCCACCACCAUUGAAUCCUGGGGCCUUCGAUGUUCAUGACAGCGUGGUUGACAGUGUUUCCAACCCUGAAACCAUUGUUGUUUUUAAUGGCAUGCAGGCAGUGCCCCAGUAUUUGUGGACUUGUACACAGGAUAGGACUUUGUCACAGCAUCAGAUGUGGGGACAGGACUACUCAUCAGGUCUAGCGAUGGACUCUUCACCGCAGUCCUGGUGGGAGGUCCUGGAUGGUAGCACUGUUUAGUCUCUGUCAUUGACAUCCUUCAUCUCCUUUGCUAUAGGCAAAAGCAAGAAUAUUUUACAUGUAACUAAGAUAUUCUUUUCUAAUAAGUCAAGCCAACUAAAAAGAUGAUAGUAUAAAAUAGAACAACGGAAUUAUUUUAGAUUUUCUAUAUAAUUUUGUAAAGUGCUUUGGAUAAUAAAUCACCUUUGUCUGAGUAA